AUGAGCGCCGACUGCACGAGCUACGUCAACGCCGAGCAGGUGCUGGUGAGCGCUUUCAGCUGCCCGCCCGAGGACGGCGGCGAGGCCGAUAGGAUCUACUGCUGCGGCUUCCUGGACGUCAAAUACUGCUGCGAUGACCCCAACAGUUACUUCCCCUACGCGCACAACUACAUGUGGUGGCUCAGUGUUGGAGCACUUGUUGGCUUGUCAGUCGCAGCUGUCGUCCUGCUGGCUUUUAUCGUCACUGUGUGCGUCCUUUGCUACUUGUUUAUCAACACAAAGCCAUGCAGCAAACUGGAUACAGGCUUAAGCUUAAGUUUACAGUCAGCAGUCCGGGGUGAGCGGAUCCCCCAUAAGUGCGUGAGCACUUUUGACCACGGACGCCUGGCAGAACUGACAGAAGGAAAAUCAGAGAGGUCUGCUGAAAUCCUUCUAAAGGUCUUCUGGGGAACACUCAGCGCGCAUCAUGGGACAGGCAGAAAACUGCAUCCUUCAGAGGUCACCAGCAAAGCAGUUUCCAAAGUCCCAGAGUAA